UGAAGUCCCGCAUUCCCACCGUCAAGAGUUCUUUCUGGUUUUUCCUCCUCUGUCGUUUUCCCGGCAGGGCCGUCGCUCGUGUUUACGGCAGCUCAGAACACUUUUCAAGGAAUCAAAGAAAUUAAGGAUGGACAUAGCUCUCUUCUCUACGUCUUCGCUUUUUGCCUGCGACGAUGAUGCUUCUGUUGAUGAGGAAACUACGGAGACCAAUCAGAGCUAUGUGGAGAGGAAGCACAAUUUUCCCGGAAUGGAAUUGCUUAUCCGGGAAUUUUCAUUUCACCAGGUAAAUGCUAAUUUACUUUGGCCAGGGACAUUCACAUUUGCUGAGUGGUUAGUUAAACACCCCUCAUGUAUUGAAGGGCGUCGUUGCAUUGAAUUGGGCAGUGGAACUGGAGCAUUGGCCAUUUUUCUUCGAAAAAGAUUUAAACUUGAUAUCACUACGUCAGACUAUGAGGAUCAAGAAAUUGAAGAGAACAUAGCUCACAACUGCAGGGCAAAUGGAAUUUCACCAGUGCUUCCUCACAUAAAGCAUACUUGGGGAGAUGCUUUCCCCGCGACUGACCCAGACUGGGACAUGGUUAUAGCUAGUGAUAUCUUGUUGUAUGUGAAGCAGUAUUCGAACUUGGUUAAAACACUUUACUUUCUCCUUAAAUCUUUCAAACCAAGCGAUGGCGAAUCACUUCCUUUAAUGGAGAAUGAACAGAAUGGUGAAACUCCUGCGGGUUUACCCAGGCCAGCGUUUCUCAUGAGUUGGAGACGACGGAUUGGGAAGGAGGAUGAAUCACUGUUUUUCGCUGGUUGUGAGGAAGCUGGUCUUGAUGUGAAACAUCUUGGUUCCCGUGUUUAUUGUAUCAGUCCAAAACAAGCAAGAUAGGGUUGGUUGUCUUUGACGUCAAGUCCACUGAUUCAGAAAUUUGUAGUAGUGCUUAAUCGCCUUAUUUGAAAAUUUUGAAGCUGGAUUAGGUAUGUAACCUUUUAACAUUACCAUCAUCUUGAGAAUGGCAUGGUCAUAGACCUAGUUGCUCGUCAAUUUUCUUAAUGUCAAGGAACUUGGAUUGGUAAUUUUCAGCAUUAUUGGUUUACCACCUCUGUUUUUGCCCUUCA